AUGGGUAAUCGUUCAAGCAAAGCAUCCGAAGCACAAUUCUCAAAAAUAUUUUCAAAGUUCACAGAAAAAGAAAAGGAAGCACUAUUAAAAAUUUUUGACGAGUUCGCUUCUGAUAAUUUAGAGGUACAAAAAAUAACAGAAAUAACAAUCACAAAUAUCAAAAAUUACCUUCCUUCAACUAUUGGGGAAACACUCAAAAAUGGAUUUGUUACAUAUUUUCAAUCAACGUCAGUUGAAAGUUCAAUUAAAAGCUCUGAAAAGGUGUCAUUUCAAACUUCACCGAUAACUAAAUCUGGUUUUGUAUCUGGGAUUUAUAAUUUGGUGAAAACUUCACCAAUUGAAAAAUCACAAGCAAUAUAUAUUAUAGGACAAUUAUCACAAGGUACGCUUACAGCUUUUGUAAGAGAGGUUGUUCGAGCAGCAUUGACAUAUUGGUCUGAAGGAAGUUAUCCGGCCAAGCAAAGUAAAUUAAAAAAAGAAAUCAAAGAAUUAUUUAAGGAUGAAACUUAUUUGAUUAAUUUAAUAAUUAUAA